GAACUCUGAGGCAAGAAGUCAGAAAGCUCAGCAAGUGCUCCUGAACUGUAAAGCUAGAACUGCACUUUGUACUCACUACCUCUGGACGCUACUGGAAUGAUUGUAUCAAGCUUUGUGUUUUUAGCUCUGCUGGUUGUUUCACAAGCAGCAAACCAAUGCUGCUCUAACCCCUGUCAGAACAGAGGUAUUUGCAUGACUGUUGGCACUGACAGAUAUGAAUGUGAUUGCACACGAACAGGAUACUAUGGGCAGGACUGUGCCACACCUGAAUUUCUUACCUGGUUAAAAGUAACCCUAAAACCCGCCCCGAAUACUGUUCAUUAUAUCCUCACCCACUUCAAAAGUAUAUGGAACAUCAUCAACAAUAUUUCAUUCUUGAGAGAUGCUAUUAUGAGAUAUGUGUUAACAUCACGGUCACACCUGAUUGACAGCCCACCGACAUAUAACAGCCACUAUGGAUACAAAAGCUGGGAGGCAUAUUCCAAUUUGUCCUAUUAUACCAGAGCUCUGCCCCCUGUUGGUGACGACUGUCCAACUGCAAUGGGAGUGAAAGGACACAAGGAGCUUCCAAAUGCCAAUUUGAUUGUAGAAAAAUUCCUUCUGAGAAAGAAAUUCAUCCCCGAUCCUCAGGGUACCAAUAUGAUGUUUGCUUUCUUUGCACAACAUUUUACCCACCAGUUCUUUAAGACAGACACCAAGAAAGGAGCAGCUUUCACCAAAGCUCUUGGCCAUGGGGUUGAUUUAAAUCAUAUAUAUGGAGAAAGUUUAGAAAGACAACAUAAACUGCGUCUUAAGAUGGGUGGAAAACUAAAAUACCAGAUCUUUGAUGGGGAAAUGUAUCCUCCAACAGUGAAAAACACAGACGUUGAAAUGAUGUAUCCGCCACACGUUCCUGAACAUCUUCGCUUUGCUGUGGGUCAAGAAGUUUUCGGGCUGGUACCAGGCUUGAUGAUGUACGCUACCAUUUGGUUGAGGGAACACAACCGGGUUUGUGAUGUUCUCAUGAAAGAGCAUCCAGAGUGGGAUGAUGAACGGUUGUUUCAGACUGCACGACUUAUUUUGAUUGGCGAGACUAUAAAAAUAGUUAUUGAGGACUAUGUACAACACCUCAGUGGCUACAAUUUCAAGUUGAAGUUUGAACCACAGUUGUUGUUCAACCAGAGGUUCCAGUACCAGAACAGAAUUGCAGCAGAAUUUAAUACCCUUUAUCACUGGCACCCUCUACUUCCUGACAGUUUCCAUAUUCACCAAAAGGAAUAUAGCUACCAACAGUUUCUCUACAACAACUCUGUCUUGCUAGAACAUGGAAUUUCUCACAUGGUUGAAUCCUUCACCAAACAAAUUGCAGGAAGGGUUGCUGGAGGCAGAAAUGUACCUGCUGCUGUGGCAAGAGUAGCUUUGGCAUCUAUUGAACAGAGCAGAGAGAUGAGAUAUCAGUCAAUGAAUGAAUAUAGGAAACAUUUUUCCCUAAAGCCUUUCCGAUCAUUUGAAGAACUAACAGGAGAAAAAGAAAUGUCAGCUGAGCUAGAAAAACUUUAUGGUGACAUUGAUGCAAUGGAACUCUAUCCUGGACUUCUGGUGGAGCAACCAAGACCUGGAGCUAUUUUUGGAGAGACCAUGGUAGAACUUGGAGCACCAUUCUCCUUGAAAGGUCUUAUGGGGAAUGCUAUUUGCUCUCCUGAAUAUUGGAAACCCAGUACUUUUGGUGGGAAUGUGGGUUUUGAGAUUGUGAACACAGCUUCCCUACAAAAGUUAAUCUGCAACAAUGUAAAAGAUUGUCCUUAUACUUCAUUCAAUGUGCCCAAAAAUAGACCUACUGAUAAUGAAUCUGUAAAUGUAAGCUCCAACUCUGCAAUGGGAGAUGUAAACCCAACACUACUAUUGAAAGAGCAGCAUUCCUCAGAACUUUAAAUUAUUUUAUAAACAUUUUACCACUAUGGACCAACCUUACUGAUAUGUCUUCACCUUAAUAUGAAAACAUCUUGUCAUAUUUUGAAAUCAUAGUGCUACAUUGUAUCUUCUAGUUACAAAGAGAGGCACUUUGGACCAAAGCUUUAUGAAUAGGAUUCUAUUCUUUUAUUACUUGAAAAAUGAAAA